UUGUAAUGUGCCGACAGUAACCAAAGCAUGCAUACUUUCUGCUGAGUGGACGCCAACACAAGUUGUCUUGGAAUCAGAUUCCGUGACGAUGGUUCGAUCCCUCUAUAAACCAGAGGCGCUAAGAUCAGCGUCAAGCUUCAUCAUUCAGGAGGCAAUGGAGUCCGCGGCGAGAAUACCCAAGGUGGUGUUCAAACACAUAAGGAGAGAUUAGAAUAGUGUGAAGCGUGAGCUUGCACGAUUAGAAUAGUGUCAAGGAUGAAUGACGGUUUAGUAAUAGCCUAUAUUUCAAAUAUUGUGUGACCUGAUAUUUUAUUUCCUUGAUGGUUCGAUCUUGAGCUGUAACGAUGUAAUAUUAUAUUAGGCUCUCUGCAUCUCACGAUUCAGAGGCCGGAACAUUUUCCUUUAUUGAAAAAACAUCUAAAGCGGGUGACUGCAUUUGAGAGUUGGGCUCCGAAAUAGGCCUACUAAUCUGUAAAAAGUACAUUUUGCAUUGUACCCAGUGUGGGAACUGAAUAUUCGAUUACUCCCUCCUGUUCCAAAAUUGAGUGGGAUAAGUGCCUUGGAGUGUCGCUGCUGACAGCAAUGAUUGAAGGCAACUCUAGAUUGUGUAUUCUAAGGUGGAUUUUUGUAUAAUGAGAACAGACUCUAGAAUCGGGUUACUUGUUCAACUUCGGCUUUCAGAGGUAGAAUACAGAUUCAGAAACUGAAAAAAGCCCCUAAAACCCAAGCAUUUUCGCCCCAAACAUAUAGUGGGUUGGUCUUCUUCCUUGUCUUUGCAUGGCGCAACAAAGCCGGGCAGUGGCCUGUGUGUUCACCCCGCUUAACGCUCUCUUCCCUUCGUCCAAACUUGCCAUCCAUGGCGCCCUUAAAAACACGCAUGCAUACUCUCCUUCCGAAGGAUCCAAAACCAUGGAAGAAUGAGGAUCAAUGGAGGUGGAUGGAUGCUUGUUGUUGGGAGAUUGAUCAAAGUUAACGAGGCAGAGAUCGAGAGCUGUUUAUAUUGUCUGUCCACUCCAAGAACCAAUCAACGCCACUCUUCGAGAAGAAAAUAUUUUUAGAUCGAGUUGCAUGAACUGAUCGAAAGAGAGAAUGGCCUUGUUCGAUCGAAACCAGAGGCAGCGGUCGCCGUUCUGCUCGACGGCGACCUUCGUUUUAUUCGUGGCGCUCUGCUUCGUUGGCCUGUGGAUGAUGUCCUCGCCGGAGACCGUCCCGGCGGCCAUGUCGGCGUCGUCGGAGAAGGUCAAGGCCGACGUCAAGGAGGAGGACAGUUCCAUCGACGCCACCAACACCGUCAAGCAGGACAGCGCCAACGUCGUCGCGGAGACGACGACAGCCGCCGCCGAGGGAGCCGAGGUCGUCGAGAACCCCGCAAAGCCCGCCGGCGACGUCAAGGGCGGUGCGGAAGGCGACGGUGGCAAGGCGUCGUCCAAGAACCAGUCGUUCGAUGACGAGAACGGCACGACGGAGGGCGGGGACCUCGUGAAGCCGGGGGUCGGGGAGACGGACGGUGCCGCGGUUCAGGGGAAGAGCGUCGAGGAGUCAACCUCGGCGGGGACUGACGAGAAGGGGACCGGCGGUCAGGACAAGAACGCUGAGCAGACGUCGAUUGACUUGAAGGAUGCGAUCAGCCAGGACAAGAACGCCGAGGAGACGGCAGCGGCGACCGGCGCGAAGGAGAGCGGCUCCGUGGUCGUCGGCGACGGGAUCAAGAACCAGACGUUCGACGACGAGAACGGCAAGAUGGAUGGCGUUGACCUGGUGAAGGACGACGGCAACAAGACUCUCAUCUCGGACGAGAGUGCUCAGGCCGAAGCAGCCGCGUUGACGGUGAAGCCAUUGGCUGAAGCGGUGGCGGCGACCACCGCCACUGACAACAAAGAGGAGGCGGCGUUGUCUGAAACUGACACCACUGCCACUGCAACUACGACUACUUCCGAAGAGGAGAAGAAACAAGACGGCGGUGAGCAGCAGCUGCCGGCGGCGGAGGCGCUGCCGAACGUUCAGGCUGAGCUGCUGACGGAGCGCGCCGCGCAGAACGGGUCGUUCACGACGCAGGCAGCGGAGUCCACCAAGGAGAAGAAGAAGCGCGCCGAGAAGGGAAAGAAAGGCAAGAAGAAGGCUGCGGAGGAUGCCGGCGCCGCGUCGUUCGCGUGGAAACUGUGCAACUCUAGCGCCGGCACAGACUACAUCCCGUGUCUGGACAACGAGGCGGCCAUCAAGAAGCUCCGAACGACGAAGCACUACGAGCACCGGGAGCGGCACUGCCCUGCCGAGCCGCCGACGUGCCUGGUCCCGGCUCCGCCGGAGUACCGGGAUCCGAUCCGGUGGCCGCACAGCCGCGACAAGAUCUGGUACCACAACGUGCCGCACACGAAGCUGGCGGCGUACAAGGGGCACCAGAAUUGGGUGAAGGUCUCCGGCGAGCACCUGACGUUCCCCGGCGGCGGCACGCAGUUCAAGCACGGCGCGCUGCACUACAUAGACCUGAUCCAGGAGGCGCUUCCAGAGGUGGCGUGGGGGCGGCGCAGCCGCGUGGUGCUCGACGUCGGCUGCGGCGUGGCCAGCUUCGGCGGCUACCUGUUCGACCGAGACACGCUCACCAUGUCGCUGGCGCCCAAGGACGAGCACGAGGCACAGGUGCAGUUCGCGCUGGAGCGCGGCAUCCCGGCCAUCUCCGCCGUGAUGGGCACGCGCCGCCUCCCCUUCCCCGGCAACGUCUUCGACGUCGUCCACUGCGCACGCUGCCGCGUGCCCUGGCACAUCGAGGGCGGCAUGCUUCUCCUCGAGCUCAACCGCCUCCUCCGCCCUGGCGGCUUCUUUGUCUGGUCGGCUACGCCGGUCUACCAGAAGCUUCCGGAAGAUGUCGAGAUCUGGGACGAAAUGGUGAAGCUGACGAAGGCGAUGUGCUGGGAGGUGGUGGGGAAGACCAAGGACACCGUCGACCAGGUCGGCCUCAUCAUCUUCCGGAAGCCGGAGAACAACGGCUGCUACGAGAAGAGGAGGCAGAAGGAGCCGUCGUUGUGCGAACCCUCAGACGAUCCCAACGCAGCAUGGAACAUAACACUGCGUGCGUGCAUGCACCGGGUGCCUGACGAUCCAUCGCUGCGAGGCUCACGGUGGCCGGAGCUGUGGCCGGAGAGGGUGGGCAAGGCCCCUUACUGGCUAGACAGAAGCCAAGUGGGUGUGUACGGCAAGCCGGCCCCCGACGACUUUGCGGCGGAUCUCGAGCACUGGAAGAAGGUGGUCGGGAGCUCGUACCUCACCGGCAUGGGCAUCGACUGGAAGACCGUCAGGAACGUCAUGGACAUGAGAGCCGUCUACGGAGGGUUCGCGGCGGCGCUGCGGGAGAUGAACGUGUGGGUCAUGAACGUGGUGACGAUCGACUCGCCGGACACGCUGCCGGUGAUCUACGAGCGCGGCCUGUUCGGGAUCUACCACGACUGGUGCGAGUCCUUCAGCACCUACCCGAGGUCCUACGACCUCCUCCAUGCCGACCAGCUCUUCUCCAAGCUCAAACCCAGGUGCAAGGUGUUGCCGGUGAUCGUGGAGGUGGACCGGGUGCUGCGGCCGAAUGGCAAGCUCAUCGUGCGCGACGACAAGGAGACGGUCGACGAGGUGCAGCGCGUGGUGAGGUCGCUGCAGUGGGAGGUCAGGAUGACCGUCUCCAAGCGCAACCAGGCACUGCUCUGCGCCAGGAAGACGACGUGGCGGCCCACGGAAGUCGAGGCCAGAUGA